AGUAGUGACUGGAAAUCAUCGACUUGAAGUCAAAAAAAUAAUUUUAAUAUAAAAUAAAUAAUAAUCCCUGAUAUUAACAGAGAAAUAUAACAAAUUUAAGGAAGAGAAAUUAGUAAAAAUCGAAUUCUAAGUAAAAAUGUCAACAUACGAAGAAUUUAUUCAGCAAAAUGAAGAUAGAGAUGGAGUUCGCUUUACCUGGAAUGUUUGGCCAUCGAGUAGGGUUGAUGCAACGAAAUUAGUUGUUCCACUUGCUUGUCUCUAUCAACCUUUCAAGGAACGUCCCGACUUGCCACCAAUAAUGUACGAACCAGUCUUAUGUACAAGAACAACAUGUCGUGCCAUUCUUAAUCCAAUGUGUCAGGUUGAUUAUCGAGCGAAAUUGUGGGUGUGCAAUUUUUGUUUUCAACGAAAUCCCUUUCCACCACAAUACGCAGCGAUAUCCGAACAACAUCAACCAGCUGAAUUAAUUCCAGGCUUCAGUACAAUCGAAUACACAAUCUCAAGAGCUCCUUGCAUGCCUCCAGUCUUUUUAUUCGUUGUCGAUACUUGCUUAGAUGAAGAAGAACUUACAGCACUCAAAGACUCUUUACAAAUGUCAUUAAGCUUGUUACCACCAAAUGCUUUGGUUGGUUUAAUAACUUUCGGUAAAAUGGUGCAAGUUCAUGAGCUUGGCACUGAAGGAUGUUCCAAAAGUUACGUUUUUCGUGGCUCAAAAGAUUUGACAGCGAAACAAAUUCAAGAUAUGCUUGGAAUUGGAAGAGUUCCAGCUGCGGGACAAAACCCACAACAGCAACAAGCUCAAAUGCGUAUUCCGAAUCAACCUCAACAACCACCAGCAAAUCGAUUUCUUCAGCCAUUGCAUAAAUGUGACAUGUCAUUGACUGAUAUGCUUGGUGAGAUGCAACGUGAUCCGUGGCCAGUUCCACAAGGAAAACGUCCAUUGAGAGCGACUGGAGCAGCUCUAUCAAUUGCCGUAGGGCUUCUUGAGUGCACUUAUCCCAACACUGGCGCAAGAAUUCUUCUCUUCACUGGUGGUCCAUGUUCGACAGGUCCAGGGCAAGUUGUCGAUGAUGAACUCAAACAUCCAAUUCGUUCUCACCAUGACAUUCAUAAAGACAACGCAAAGUUCAUGAAGAAGGCUGUUAAACAUUUCGAAGCUUUGGCAUUGAGAACAGCAACUAAUGGACAUUGCGUUGAUAUUUAUUCAUGCGCUUUGGAUCAAACUGGUUUGUUGGAAAUGAAGCAAUGCAGCAAUUCAACUGGAGGUCAUAUGGUGAUGGGCGAUUCAUUCAACUCUUCUUUAUUCAAACAAACAUAUCAACGUGUUUUCGCUGUUGAUCAGAAGAAUGAUUUGAAGAUGGGAUUCAAUGGAACUUUCGAAGUGAAAUGUUCACGAGAAUUAAAAAUCGAAGGUGGAAUUGGAUCUUGUGUGUCUUUGAACAUUAAAAAUGCUUCAGUGUCGGAGAAUGAAGUUGGGAUGGGAAACACUGUGUCAUGGAAGCUUUGCACAGUUUCACCGAACUCAACAAUGGCGAUUUUCUUUGAAGUUGCGAAUCAACAUUCAGCGCCAAUUCCUCAAGGUGGUCGCGGUUGCAUUCAAUUCAUAACUCAAUAUCAACAUGCAAGUGGACAGCGAAGAAUUCGCGUGACAACUGUUGCUAGAAAUUGGGCUGAUGCGACAGCAAACUUGCCAUUUAUUUCUGCUGGUUUCGAUCAAGAAGCAGCUGCCGUCAUCAUGGCACGAAUGGUUGUUUAUCGUGCUGAAUCUGAUGACGGUCCUGAUGUUCUUCGUUGGAUUGAUCGUCAACUUAUUCGACUUUGUCAGAAGUUUGGGGAAUAUAAUAAAGAUGAUCCAAAUAGCUUCCGUUUGGCGGAGAACUUCAGUUUAUUCCCACAAUUUAUGUAUCACUUACGUCGCUCACAAUUCUUACAAGUUUUCAAUAAUUCACCGGAUGAAACGACUUUCUAUCGUCACAUGCUAAUGCGAGAAGAUUUGACGCAAUCUCUGAUUAUGAUUCAACCAAUUCUCUACAGUUACUCAUUUAAUGGACCACCAGAACCUGUUCUCCUUGACACAUCAAGCAUCCAACCUGACAAGAUUCUUCUCAUGGACACUUUCUUCCAGAUUUUAAUUUUCCAUGGUGAGACAAUCGCACAAUGGCGAGCGAUGAAAUAUCAGGAAAUGAAAGAAUAUGAAAAUUUCAAGCAACUUUUACAAGCGCCUGUUGACGAUGCUCAAGAAAUUUUAAGCACGAGAUUCCCAAUGCCUCGUUAUAUUGACACUGAACAAGGUGGAUCGCAAGCGAGAUUCUUGUUGUCGAAAGUUAAUCCAUCACAAACACACAAUACGAUGUAUGGGUAUGGUGGACAGGAUGGUGGAGCUCCCGUUCUCACUGACGAUGUGUCACUUCAAGUAUUCAUGGAACAUCUUAAGAAACUUGCAGUUUCAUCAACAGCUUAAUUUUAAUUUUAAUUGUUAUUAAAGAUUUAUCAUGUGAAUUUAUUUUUUUCUUUAAUAAAAUGGUGAAAGUAAACCAUUAAAAA